AUGCCUCGCCCCAAGCGCGAUCGCGCAACAACGCGCACCCGCCCAAUGGCCACGGCUGCGACGGGGAACUCCUCCUCGCCACCGCCUAUUCCUGUGUUGCCCAAGCCCGCGCAGGCCGAGCGAGCCGGGACUGAACUCCCAAGCGACAUCUACGACGUGAGCGACGCCGAAAAAGAGCGGCGGAAACUCCGCGCCUCGGCCAAAAAGACCACCGCCGCCGAACAACAGCACACCCUCGAGCUUGAACCAGACCAAGUCCGCGCGUUGGACAGCUCGAGAAAACAACGCGAUGAUGCCUUAGCCAGGUUGCGGGAUGUGACCUCUGCGUCUACUGACGGGUCAGAGUUGGAUGUGACGCUGGGGAGUCUGGGUGAUGAUAGUAGUUUGGGGCUGGGGGAUGAGUCGACUGAGGUUGAGGGAGUGUCAAGGGCGACGGAUACUUCGACUUUUAACAUUGCGGGGUUUAAGAGGAGGCCGAGGCAGAGUAGUGUUCAGGGCAGGGGGGAGAGCGGGUUGAUUAGGCCGAGUAGUAGGGGCCAGGGGACGCCGAGUAUUAGUACGACCAUUAGCUUUGGGAGGUUCAAGAGAAGACAGAGGGAGCCAAGUAUACUUGGGACGGGGAGGAAGGAGAGGAGGGUCAGGAGUGUUUCGCGGGGGAGCCAGGCGGGGAGGAAUAGAGACGUGCUUGGGAGGGAGGAUGAGGGGGAGGUUUCGCCUGUUGAUGGGGGGAAGAGGAGGAGUACGAGGGGACGGUCGAGGGGGGUGGAGAGUGUGGAUGAGUCGCCGGUUGCGGCUGGGUCGAGAAAGAGAAAGAGUUUGGAGAGCCAUGAGGAUGGGAGGGAGAAGAGGUUGGCGGUGGAGGGGGGCGAUAUGGAGAUGGGGAUUGGAGAUGAGCCGGAUUUGGACUUUGAUAUUGAUGCUGAGUUGGAACCGAGAGUUGAGUCGCCUGCGAGGGAACAACAAGAUGGGGAUGUUCACCAGUCUAUCGAACUUGACGAGCAGCCGCCGAUUUCCUCGCCUCUGUCUACGCCACCCCGGGAACUUUCCGCCCCACCACAGUUGAGCGAGGACAAUGAUCCGGAUAUGGCCCCUCCAUUGUCGAGCAGCCCAGCCUCUGAGGUUGGUAGCCCGGUCGCAUGGCCUUCACUGGAUGCGCUCGCGCAGAGAAAAUACAACACGCGAACUGUGCCGUCCAAGACCCCAGAGCUGGAAGACGACGGCAUGGGGUCGAGUAUCUCCUCCCCCCCCUCCCUCACACACUCGCCAAACUACCGUGCGAAAUCCAAACCCCCAGUCGUCAAGAAAAAGGCUCCACCACCGCCCAAGAGCUCAGCCGAUCUCGCGUCUCUCCUUCCCCGAAGAAAGACCUCAAGCAAGAAUAAGAACCGCAAGGGCUCCCACAGUGCCGAUCCGUUCGAUAUCGACGACGGGGAAGCCUCAGAGGAGGAGGAAGCUCCGCCGCCCACGAGGAGGGCAGCCAAGAAGCCCCUUUCCAAGACUGCGUCAACAGCCAAUAAGGGCAAGCAAAAAGAGUCUGCUGUGGCUGCUGAUCCCAAGGGGAAGAAGAAGCGCGUUACCAGGACCUAUGGCUCCAAGGCUCACGAACAGGAUAAGGAGAAUGAUGGUGAUGUUGACGGUGACCGAGAAGGCGAUAGUAUCGUUGUCGGUAGCGGCAGCAAUGAGCCAGAGGACGAGGAAGAGGAGGAGCUCCCAGAUGCGGAGACGACGGUGAUGCUGAAGGAGAGAUUGGGUGAGGAGCUGCAGAAGGCGGUGAAGAAGUUUAAGGAAGUGGACCAGUGGGAGCUGUCGUUUGAGGAGGUGGAGGGGAGCAGUAGUCCGAUGAGGGAUGCUCGUUGA